CAGCUAUGUAAACGUCACUUACACAAGGCUACCGUGACUCGUGACUGCGAGUGUCUUCUGUCUUGUUUUUGUUUGCAUUUUAAAAACAAAGGCCCCCGUGAUGGAAAAACACUCAAAAGUUCGGUCAAGAAGAAAACAUAUAAGUCCUGUUUUUCAUUUGCAGACGAAAAAGGAGGAAGAUCAACACAUAACUAAAGAAGUAAUCAAAAGUGUGAGGCGUACAGGUCAAUUAAAUUUGUCCUCUAGGCAUAUUGCCACUGUGCCAGAAAAAUUGUUUUCUAUCUAUGAUGCAGAAGAUGAAAGCACAGUUGACUGGGAUUUUGGCAAACCUAAGAAAGAAGAAGAUUCCUGGUGGAAUAUCAAGCCUUUGAGUCAUUUAGAUUUGAGCUCCAAUGUGCUUACAGAUAUUCCAGGGAAAAUUGGGAUGUUUCAAGAUCUAUUGGUCCUUAAUUUACAUUGUAACAAUCUAACAGAACUACCAAAGGAAAUAGGAAGCUUGCAAAAAUUAACCAAACUUACUCUUAACAGCAAUAAACUCACUCACUUGCCAGAUGAUUUUUUUAAAUUAGUAGAACUUAGACAGCUAACACUUGGUGGUAACUGCUUGGAGAGCAUUUCUAAGGACAUUUCGGACCUUGUAAUGUUGGAAAAAUUAGAUCUCUCUAACAACUCCAUUUUAAAUCUACCGCCAGGCAUGGGAUUUCUAAUACGUCUAACAGAACUUAAUGUGGCGCAUAAUAAACUCACCGAGCUGCCUCCAGACAUCGUAAAUCUUCGAAGUCUGUUGAAAUUGGAUAUCAACCACAAUAGCAUUCAGUAUUUGCCAGUUAUGGGUGAACUACGUAAAUUACAAAUUUUACACGCACAGCAUAAUGAUAUUGCUGAAAUUCCCAGUUUUUUGGGAUGCGAAAAAUUACAAGAGAUUUAUUUUGGGAACAAUUUCAUCAAAGACAUACCACUUGAAUUUUGCGAAAAUAUGUAUGACUUGAAGGUCUUGGAGUUAAGAGAUAAUCAAAUCGAAUUGAUUCCUCCUGAAAUUACCACUAUGGUGCACUUAACUAGGUUGGAUCUAACUAAUAACGAUAUUAAAGAGUUACCAAGUACAAUAGGAUUGAUGCCACAUUUACAGGUGCUAAAACUAGAGGGGAACAAGUUGAAGCAAAUGAGGGCAGAUAUAGUCAAAGCUGGGACUAAUAGGAUAUUGAGAUUUCUUAGAGAGAAAAUAAGUGAAGAUGAUUUAAAGACAAUAGAAAACGUGCCUUCAGAUGUGAAUCACGAUAAGAGUGUGUAUCCUGAUAAAUAUACAAUGAGACAAGGCAAUAUAAUGAAUAUAUCAAUGAAAAAUAUAGAUAGUAUACCUGAGGAAUGUUUUAAUGAAGCAAAAGAAGCUAAAGUUUAUUGCGUAGAUCUUUGCAAAAAUAAGUUCACCAUAGUACCUGAAGGGUUGAAGAUACUUGCAAAUGAUCUGACAGAGUUGAACUUGUCCGAAAAUCAGAUAAAAGAACUGCCAGACUUUUUAAAGGACUUUGCACAGUUAAAGUUCUUGGAUUUGAGCAGAAAUAUGUUAACAGGUCUACCUGAUAGUUUUACCGCAUUGACAUCCAUGAGAGAGCUUGUACUGAGCAAUAAUAGGUUAACCAGUAUACCAAAAUGUAUCUCUGGAAUGGUGGGCCUUGAAAUUCUUCUCUUGAAUGAGAACUGUAUAGCCAGCAUUGACAUUGAUGUAUUGCAAGAACUUAAACGGCUGGCAACACUGGAUUUAACAAAUAAUAGCAUCAGCUCAGUGCCUCCACAGCUCGGAAACAUGACUCAACUGAGGAGGCUACAGAUUAUGGGCAACUCAUUUAGGCAGCCAAGAUAUGCUAUUUUGGAACAAGGCACGGAAUCCAUAUUGUCAUAUUUACGAGAUAAAAUUCCUCUGUAGUAGAAUACAGGGUCAAAAACUAGCGGCAAAGAGGGGAUAUUACAAAGUAUUAAAAACUAGGUUUAGGUAGAUGGGUAUACUUCAUACUAUGAUACUUAUCACACAUACUAAUCUUUGUUUUUUUUUAAUAAGCAUUGUCACUAAAUACGUGAGAUUUGGAACCAAAACUGUUCAUAACUUUUGACACACCUCAAAAGAUUGUUUUAUAAAACGUGUUAUAUAGGGUGUCCAGUUGGAAAGUUCACUUUUUGAUUCAAGAAAAAAAAUACAAACUUAAUGAAAAGAAAAUAUCUAUUACUAUCAAUAUAUUCGUGAAUUCGGCGGGUUUUAUUUCUCAAUUAUCACGCUCCUCCAGUGUUCGUGGAUGAUUGCAAUACUCUUUUGACUUUAGAUAACCCCACAAAAAUUAAUCCCAUGGCGUGUGGUCGGGUGACCUAGCAGGCCAGUGGAUGUAUCCUAACUUCGAUAUAAUUUUUUGAGGAAAAAGUCCUUUCACCGCGUCCAUCGAUUCUCUGAAAGUAUGGGCAGUGGACCCAUCCUGUUGAAUCCGUGUGUUUCUUUUAAAUCGACGUUCUGUUCUCACAAUAGGAGCAAAAAAGUGCCAGUCAUGUCGUAUCGCUCGGACUUCACUGUCAAUGCAUGACCCAUUUUCAUCUUCAAAGAAAUACGGCCCAAUAAAACCGCUGGAGGAUAUGGCGCACCAAACUAUGCCUUUGGACUAUGUAGCUGUUGUUGAUGUUUCUCUUUUGGGUUCGUUGGAGCCCAAUAUUUGCCUGCUUGUUCACAUAACUGUCUAAGUGAAAAUGGGUCUCGUCACUGAAAAUAACGUUCUCGAGUCUGCGCUACGUAGGAAAAAGAUUCAACAUCCGUUCAGCACAAGAUUUUCGUAAUCACUUUCCUUUGAAGCGUGGACUGAUUGGAUUUUAUAAGGAUGGCAACCCAAUUUUUUUCUUCAUUAUGCCAUGCAGUGUUAACCUAGGGCUUCCCAAAGCAGCAGAAUGCUUCCGUACAGAAUGCCGAGGAUUCGCAAUGACCGAUUCACUUACUCGAGGCACAUUUUCUCCUGUUGAUAGAGUAGGUGUGGGUCCAGGAAUGGAUUGAGUAAGAGUAGAGCCUGAUUCAUGGAAUCUCUUAAUCAACUUUUUCAAUAGGUUCUUACUUGGGGCAUCUCUUGGUCGGCGAAUGUUGUAUCGUGUACAAAAUUUCCGAAGGGCGGUUGCGUAUGAAUCACAACUCUUAAGCUAUGUACAGAUAUUUAACAACACCGCGGACCGAACCACGCGACGAACCGCAGCGCGCGAAUUUUGACGAACAACAUUGCAACGAGCAUCACCAUAAACCGAACCACGUCGUGCAACCACAUCGCGCAACAAAAUGACGAACAAAUUUUGAUGUUUGUCGUUCAGAGAAAGACCUCAUUUUUUUAAUUUAUUGUAAUGUUUUGCAUCCCACAACAAUUCCCCUGCUCUGUAAUGCUCUAUAAGCAAGAGUUUUCUCCUCCGGCCAUUCCAUCUUUUCUUCACGGGCUCUAUCAAUUUACUGAUAUGAGCGCGUGCUCGCCGCACCGAUAUCCCUGUCCAAACAUGUGCAACUUCGUCGCGAGCAUUUCCUUUGAUGUUACGCUGAAAAACCGACAGUCUGGAUCGGGCCGAACGGCGAGCUGUAACGCUUAUCAGAUUCGCGACGGUGUUUUUUUUUCACCGUCUACACUAGCGCGGCGCGGUUCGGUUCGCGGUGUUGUUAUAUAUCUGUACAUAGCUUUAAAGUAAGCCCCGAUAGCAAAAGCACGUUGCGCUCCGGUCCAACGUUCCAUUGUGACUAUUUAACCUGCACGCCGAACGCGUCGAUCAAGACCCUUCCCCACUUCCUCCCAUAUACGGUUGCCGCGUAAUUCAAAUUUGAAAUGCGAACUUUCCUACUGGACACCCGAUUUUAUUUAUUUGGUGACAGAGCUAUACUAGUAUGUUGAUUCAAAUAAUCUGGUGCCAUAUAUUCACAAUGAGUACAAAAAUAACAAAAAAGUAUUAACACUCGUUCUAGGGAGUAAUAAUAAACAUUAUUUAUAUUGAUAUAACUGUAUUUUGUAAAUUAGGCUGUUUAUUGUGAUGUGAAAUGUGAUUUUUACCACAGUUCCUUUUAGUACACGCUUUAUUUGUUUUUAUUUAUACAUAUGCGAUUGAAUGUGAAUUAUUAAAAUUUUUAUAUAUAUAUAUA